AAAAAAUAAAAACAAAAUAAGAAGAAAAAUGAAUUUCCUACUCCUGAAUUUCAUGGCGACUUACAAUCUCAUCGACGUCACCCUUUGCUUUGCCUCAAUCUUAUCGACAUCCUCCGUUGACUGAACCACGCCUCAUUAAACGCUAAACCCAGCCUUAACUCCACCAUUCCAUUCAUAUACACCCAACUUUACCAUCUUGCCAUGCCACUCUGGUUCGCCUCGAUCUCCCUCUCCAGAGAGGACUCCUUCAAAAUUUUCGCUCAACUCGCCGCCUUCUAUUUGAUUCUUUAUAUUUCUUCGCUUUUUUCAAAUGCCCGCCGAUUCUCAUGCCUCUAAUGCCAGGGGCCUUCUCUGUAAUGCUGCCUCCGGUGCCGCUGCCGGAGUUAUUGCUGCUACGUUUGUUUGUCCAUUAGAUGUUAUAAAAACUAGGUUUCAAGUUCAUGGGCUUCCAAAGCUCGGUAAUGAAAAUAUCAAAGGUAGUCUGAUAGUUGGUACUUUGGUACAAAUAUUUCACAAGGAGGGGUUACGUGGUAUGUACCGUGGGCUCUCUCCCACGGUGCUGGCGUUACUUCCUAACUGGGCGGUCUAUUUUACAAUUUAUGAGCAGCUUAAAAGCUUUCUUAACACUGAUGAUGAGAAUCAUCAUCUUUCUAUAGGCGCUAACAUGAUAGCUGCCUCUGGUGCUGGAGCUGCAACAACCAUUGCUACAAAUCCUCUUUGGGUUGUGAAGACAAGACUUCAGACCCAAGGAAUGAGAGCAGGUGUGGUGCCAUAUAGGAGUACAUUGUCUGCUUUAAGGAGAAUAGCUCAUGAGGAGGGUAUUCGUGGGUUGUACAGCGGUCUUUUACCUGCCUUGGCUGGUAUAAGUCAUGUUGCCAUUCAGUUCCCAACAUAUGAAAAAAUCAAAAUGUAUUUGGCCAGCCAAGAUAAUACUACGAAGGAUAAACUUGGUGCACGUGAUGUUGCAGUUGCUUCAUCUAUCUCUAAAAUAUUUGCAUCCACGUUGACUUAUCCACAUGAGGUGGUACGCUCAAGGCUUCAAGAACAAGGCCACCACACUGAGAAGCGGUACUCAGGUGUGGUUGAUUGUAUUAAGAAAGUGUUUCAUCAAGAAGGUGUACCAGGUUUUUAUCGAGGGUGUGCAACCAAUCUUCUCAGGACAACCCCAGCUGCUGUUAUCACAUUUACCAGCUUUGAGAUGAUUCACCGGUUUCUUGCAUCUCUUUAUCCUCCUGAUCCACAUCCUAACACAGGAUGAAGAUAAACCAUACGCAAAGAAGAUGUAACAUUCAGUAUAAUGCAUCCUCUGAGAAGAGAAGGUUAAUUUAACCAGCUGUAAAUUGCUUGGUGGUGAAUAUAGCUUCUAUUUUCCUGGUGUAUUAUAACUGUGUCUGGUAGGUUUUAGCAACAUUCUCAGAUCUUGUAGUCACUAUUCCUUCAUCCAAGGGUUGCAACAAAUAUGUUAUACCAACAUUGAUGAUGGCGAUAAGGUACAAUUUAGGCAUUUAUUAGCACAACAUUUUUUGUAAGGAUUGUUGAAUAAAUCUUGCUCUGGCAUAAAUCUUGAUUGCGA